AAUUUAUUCUCAAUUUGACAAUUAUCCACAACUCGAAUUAAGUUAAUAGAUCUAUCUUUCUCAGUAUCUAUCUAGAUCUAGAUCUAGAUUCAAUAUAUACUAGGUCUAAUCUAAUUAAUCAUUGAUAAAUCAGUUAGACUGAAUAACAGUGAUUUUGAAACUUUACCAAGACAUAGCAUCCCCACUGAGUACAGAAUGGAUGAGGACGAAAAUGAAGGAAGAAUUUUAGAAGAAGGAGAAGCUCCAGAAUUCCCAGAAGUAAAGUAUGAAUAUUUGGACCACACAGCAGAUGUUCAACUCCAUGCUUGGGGCUGUGAUAUAAGGGAAAGCUUUGAGCAGGUUGGUAUGGCCAUGUUCAACUAUAUGACCACAGACUACAGCACAGUGGAGCUGCGGAGGGUUCAUGAAAUAGAGGUCACAGGUGAGGAUCUCUUGUCCCUGCUCUACCACUACCUGGACGAGUUUCUGUUUUUGUUCUCAGCUGAGCCCUUCUUUUUCCCUAGGAUCAUUCAAAUCACAGAGUUUGACCUGGUAAACUUUAAACUGAAAGCUGUUGGAUAUGGAGAACCUUUUGACAUCUCUAAACAUCCGCAGGGCACUGAGGUUAAGGCUAUUACAUAUUCAAAUAUGCAAGUUCACACAGAUUCAGCCAAUCAUGAUGUUUUUGUUAUUAUAGACAUUUAAACUUGUCCAUUGUAUGGAUGAUUGUAUGAUCAGGACAGUUGGUCUACUGUAUGUUGUAUGGUCACUAAAGUAGGUCUGCUGUAUGUUGUAUGUUCAGUAGGUCUACUGUACGUUGUAUGGUCAGGACAGUUGGUCUACUGUACGUUGUAUGGUCAGGACAGUUGGUCUACUGUAAGUUGUAUGUUCAGUUGGUGUAGACAGCUGGUCUUCUGUACGUGGUCUGGACUGUAUGUCAUUGUACGCUGGACUGUAUGUCAUUGUACGCUGGGCUGUAUGUUGUUGUACGCUUCACUGUUGCUUGUUAAAAAUACCCACCCCUCAUAUUGCCUAAUAAACAGGAACACAAAU